UCCCGUAACGUAUCGCCUCUGUCCGCUGUUUUCAUUCCAUUCCAUACUUGGAACUUCAGCAGCCGAAAAAUGGAGAAGAAGGAAGAAAACAAGCGGCAGAGAAAGAAAAUAAGGGGAGGAUUUUGGAGAUGGGUGAUAGCAUCAGUCAUCUUCAGGCUAAUUCUCAUUUAUUUCCCGCAAAAUCUCAACUUGUCCUCUCGCCCCGAAGUCUCCACUCCUCUCACCAGCCUCCGUCGCCUGGCUGAGGGUUACUGGUUGAAGCAAGCCUCGAUGUCUCCUUAUGCAGGAUCUAUGUACCAUGGUUCUCCAUUGUUACUCUCUGUACUCGGGCCACUUACUGUUAAAAGAAUUGAAGGGCAACCUGAUCAUGUGUUAUGCAGUUUGCUUUUUGUCAUUGCAGAUAUUAUGAGUGCCAUGCUUCUUAGAGCUACUGGUUGGAAACUACAAGUGGCAUACAGAGAGAGCUUGAAAGCACUUGAUAUCAUUAAUAUAGUAGAAAGCUCAGAUAUACUUGCUUCAGGAGAUAUUGCUGCUCUUGUGUACUUAUGGAAUCCGUUCACAAUAGUUGCUUGUGUGGGUUUGUCAACAUCCCCAAUUGAAAAUUUGUUCAUCAUAUUGAUGCUUUAUGGAGCCUGUAUACGACUAGUUCCCCUAGCAGCUUUUGGAUGGGUUAUGGCAACUCAUUUGUCUCUUUAUCCGGCAAUUCUAAUUAUUCCAGUGAUUCUUUUAAUGGGAUAUGGUCUAGAUGCUCCUCCUCGGAAGUUGUUCCUGCUGAAAGGAUAUUGUAAAAUUGGAGAUAACAACUCUGGCAAUAUUCACUGUGAACAAGAGGAAAUGAUCAACAGAUCAAAGGCACAAAUUAUCUUUUCAAGGAGACCAGUCGUGCUUUUCUUUUUCUGGACAACUCUGUGGUCAGUCUAUGUGUUGGUUCUAUGUGGCAUAUCCGUCAAACAGUAUAGUGGCCUAUGGGAGAUGUUUCAAAGAACAUAUGGUUUCAUUCUUACAGUGGAAGAUAUGUCACCAAAUAUAGGUGUUCUAUGGUAUUUCUUUGCUGAAGUUUUUGAUUUCUUCAGAAAUUUCUUUUUGAUAGUUUUCCAUGUGAAUAUUUUGUUUAUGAUAUUGCCUUUAGCCAUAAGGCUAAACCAUCGGCCCUGCUUCUUGGCUUUCGUCUACAUUGCUAUCUCAUCAAUGCUUAAAUCAUAUCCAUCAGUUGGAGAUUCAGCUCUAUACUUGGGUUUACUGGUUUUGUUUCUUGAUGAAUUAGCGGAUAUGCCGUUCUCUUUUUUCAUAUUUUGCGGAUAUGUAGGGAUUUCCCUCCUUAGCCCUGUGAUGCACAACCUAUGGAUUUGGAGGGGCACUGGCAAUGCAAACUUCUACUUUGCAACUGCAAUUGCUUAUGCUUGCUUGCAGAUUAUUUUGCUGGUUGAGAGUGUUAGUGCCAUGCUUAACCAUGAUAGGAAGCUAAGAAAGCUAUCUGUCGCAAAUCUUCAAGAUGGCAAAUCUUAAGCACUUCUCUAAACCAGGAUACUUUUCUUACAAUGCCACAUCUCUUGGCCCUUGAAAGUUCAAACCCCGAGAAAACUUUGCUGGUAAGGAUUCUUGUUUCAGUCUGUUGCCCAUAUCCUUGAGAGGCUUGGUUUUGCAUGAGUGGAAGAUUAACACAUUGCAUUGAACAACAUAUGUUUGAAGUCAUUUUGACUUUUUUUUCUUUUCGUGUUUUCUAACUAUUUUUGGGAUAAAGGCUUAGUUGAGUUGAGUUGAGUUGUUGUUUUCUAACUAUAGCCUGUUAUAGUUUCUGUUGUGCACAGUCAGGACUUGUUCUAUUCAAUCGAGUAGAAUGGUUUAUGCAUCUGUAAUACACUGAACUCUGUUGAAACAUUAUUGUAAUUUGGCAAUUUUGGUCUUAUUAGCGAAAAUGGAAAAGGGACAUCCACCUAGUCCUGA